GGAACCUCCAACAGCCACAGCAUUUAGUAAAUGCCACAAUCACAGCCCAAGAUGGAGCCAGAGUCAUCGCUCCUGUAAUGACGAACUGUACCAUUCAAAAUCUUUCCUUUAAAGAAGAAACAAAGGGACCAGAUCCGGCCACUCUCCAGAAAGUCUUGGAAAACCACAAGAAGCGUAUGCAGGAGCAGUAUGGCGCUGUGUUUGAGGGCCUUGUGCAGAAGAAGAACAAAACGCCUCUCAACAAGAUCUUCACUCAGCUCUACAUUACGGAGGGGGAGAGCGAAGAGGUGAACAGCGACCAUGAAAUAUGGCAGAUUGAGGAGGCAUUCAGGAAACAAAGAAGGCAGCAGCAUACUGCAAUUAGCAUCAAUGACAUCUUUACAGGGGAGGAAAGGCACAUCAGAACGGUGAUGACCAAGGGUGUUGCUGGUGUUGGAAAGACGGUGUCCGUACAGAAGUUUAUACUAGACUGGGCAGAGGGACCAGCCAAUGAUGACGUGAAUUUCAUCAUCUGUCUUCCUUUCAGAGAACUUAACCUGCUCAAAGACGACGAGUAUAGUCUUCGAGACCUUGUGUUUGAUUUCUAUGCGGAGCUCAGACCACUAAAAGAAACGCUUGACUUUGAAAAAUGUAAGGUUGUGUUCAUUCUCGACGGUCUAGAUGAGAGCAAAUUUACGCUGGAUUUUCAGAAAAACAAACCUGUGUUCAACAUCGAAAAGAAGACAUCGUUGGAUGUGCUGAUAACCAACCUCCUUAAGGGAAAUCUUCUUCGAUCAGCCUUAGUAUGGAUAACUUCACGUCCAGCAGCGCAGGUCUGGUCCCCUCGGAACACAUUGACCGGUUUACCGAUAUACGGGGAUUCAACGACGAAGACAAGGUUGAGUACUUCAAGAAGAAACUCGGUGAUGAUCCCCAUGCAGAGAAAAUCAUCGCCCAGGUCAAGACAACAAGGAGCCUCUUCAUCAUGUGCCACAUACCAAUCUUCUGCUGCAUCACUGCCACUGUGAUGCAGUACAUAAUGGCCCAGGGAAACUUUGAGCAGAUUCCUAAAACUCUCACAGAAAUGUACGUCCACUUCCUUUGUACACAGCUGAAGAUGACAAACCACAAGUUUGUCGGAAACAAGAUAAUGGUCAUGAAAGAUUUCCUGGCAGAAAACAAGGACGGUAUCCUCAAGCUAGCAGAACUUGCCUUCCGCAAAUUGGAAGGGACAGAAGGCUCAAUCCUAUUUUACAAAGACGACCUCAGUCAGUGCGGUAUCGAUUUGGAAGAGGCGUCCGUCCUGAGCGGCCUGUGCACAGAAGUCUUCAAGGUGGAACCUGUGAUGUUUCAGAAGAGAUUCUACAGCUUUGUGCACCUCAGUAUACAGGAAUUCCUUGCUGCCCUCCACGUGUUCGCCUCCUUCCUGAAGAAGGACAUAGAGGCACUGAAGCCUUUUCUUGAGGAGAGACCGAAGAAGGUGUUCCUGUACCAACUCCUGAAGAGCGCCAUAUCCAAAGCCCUUCAAAGCAACAACGGACACCUGGAUCUCUUUGUCCGCUUCCUGGUGGGAAUCUCGCUGGAUUCCAACCAGACCUUUCUAGAAGGCCUGCUGCCAGAACCCUUGGACGAGGACAAGGAAGACAACAUCAAGUCCAUGGAAUUGACCGUCAAGCACAUCAAGUCUUUGGUGCGGGAUGAUCUUUCCCCCGAGAGAUUCAUAAACCUCAUGAACUGCCUGACGGAGAUGAAGGACAACUCGGUCCACAAGGAGCUGCAGCGGUACCUGCAGUAUGUAAAAAGCCCGGAAACAGAGCUUGAGCCAGCCCACUGUUCUGCACUGGCCAACAUGACCCUGCUGUUGGAGGAACCCAUGGAGGAGUUUGACCUCAGACGCUACAACGUGGGAGACGAGGGGAGAAAGAGGCUAAUGCCAGCUGUUAGGUGGUGCAAGAAAGCCAGGCUUGCUGAAUGCGAGCUCACGGCUGACUGUGGGGAGAUCGUGACCUCAGCCCUUCAGUCAGAGCACUCGCCUCUGAGGGUGUUGGAUCUGGAGAUGAGCCACCUCACAGAGCCUGGACUGACCGCAGUCUGCUCUGGUCUCACGACCCCACACUGCAAACUUCAGGCUCUUAGUCUAGCUGGUUGCAGACGCACGUCAGACUUCAUGUGUGUGGCGCUGGGCACGGCUCUCCUGUCCAUCAGCUCCCACCUCACAGAGCUGGACCUGAGCUACAAUAUGCUGUGCAGUGAUGACAUGAGGGCACUCGCCUCUGGACUCAAGAAUCCCGGCUGCAAGGUUGAGAAACUGAGGUUGCGGAAGUGCUCCCUUACAGAUCAUGGCUGUGAGAUGCUAGCAAGUGUUCUCUGCUCGGACCCGUGCAGCCUGAGAGAGCUGGACUUGAGGGACAACAAAUUGAAAGACACGGGGAUAGAGCUGCUGUCUGAGGCGAUGAAGACCCCACAGUGUAACCUGGAGAACCUGAGACUUGCUGGCUGUAACCUCACUGAGUCGUCCUGGAGACGUUUGACGUCGGUGUUCCAGGGUGAGCUGGACCUGAGUGAGAGCAGCCUGCAGCUGUCAGAGCUGGAGCAGCUGUCAGCAGCACUGAGGAGCCCAGACUGCAGAGUGAACACCCUCAGACUGACUAUGUGCUUUCUGAAGGAUGGCCACUGUGAAGUUUUGUCUUCAGUCCUCAGUUCAGAUGGGUCCCACCUGAGAGAGCUGGACCUAAGAGACAACGACCUGCAGGACUCAGGAAUUGAGCUGCUCUCCUCUGGACUGAAGAGCUCACAGUGUUCACUGGAACGACUGAGGUUGUCUUUCUGUGGUGUGACUGAGAAAGGCUGUGAGAGUCUGGCUUCUGCCCUGAGUGCAAACCCCUCCUACCUGAGAGAGCUGGACCUGAGCUACAAUCACCCAGGAGAGACAGGAGUCAGGCUUCUGACUGAGAGAAAGGACGACCCAGACUGCAAACUAGAGACACUCAACGUGGAAAAGGACGCAGAGUGCUGGAUGAAGUCAGGGCUCAGGAAAUAUGCCUGUGAGCUCACAAUGGACACCAACACCAUGAACAAGCAGCUCUACCUCUCAGAAGGGAACCGGAGGGUGAAGUGUGAGUUCGGGGAACACGACUACCCGUUCCACCCAGAGAGGUUUGAGAAUGUCGAGCAGGUUCUGGCCACAGAGGGCUUCAAAGGCCGCUGCUACUGGGAAGCAGAGUGGGAAGGGUUCCGUGUGUAUCUCGGCAUGACAUACAAAGACGUGGAAAGGCAGGGCGGGAAGGGACGCCUCGGACACAACGAGAAGUCCUGGGCGCUGCGGUGCGACUACAUCGGCUCCGUCUUAGAAGUGAAUUCUUACAGCGCUUACCACAAUGGUGACAUGACAAUCAUCGAAUCGCCUGGGUGCGUCUCCUCCACACGAGUAGGAGUGUAUUUGGACUGGCCGGCUGGCACACUGUCCUUCUACGGCGUCUCCUCUGACACACUCACCCACCUGCACACAUUUCGUCACAGAUUCACAGAGCCCCUUUACCCAGGAAUCGGGUUUGUCUCCGAUUUUCACACUGAGGAUAGUGUGUUCCUGUGUAAGAUUGAAUAGGCCUCCUUAAAAUAGCAAAGUAUGUAUCAGACUAAUUAAAGUGUGCAUGCUUUAAAAUCAAAGAAAUGUAAGAGGCAGAGUGUUGCUUACUUUUACAGUGUAGUGAAGGAUAGUGUGUUCCUGUGUAAGAUACGUGACAAAGAGCAAAAUGGAAGUACUUGAAAAUUAAUUUUCAGUAUGCUUAGAAGUACCUCUACAUUUUUUUUUAAAUGUGAACACUUAGUGUAGCCUGCUUUUAGUGUGUGCGUGUGUGUGUUUGAGGGGUGGG